UUCUACCCUCCUUUUUAUCUAACGGCUUUACUUCAAUUCCUUAGGAGUUCUAAACACCACCAUCGCCGACCUCCCAUUUGAUCUUGAUGAGUAUGCUGGAUUGAAUCAAGUCCAACGAGAAGAAUCGCUGAGAACUACCGUACGCAUCUUGGCUGAUGAUCCUCAAGUUCUGCAUCGACGAUUCAAACGAACUAUCGAUGUCCGAUACUUCAAUCACGUAACACUAUCACCGUACGCUUUUGCUCCAACAGUCAAUACGCUGAAUGUUUUGGGGCCGGUAACACUAUCACCUAGUCUAUUCUCACCAAAUAUAAUCUCACCGCUGCUGCUAAGCCCGCCAAUCAUUUCACCGCAGGUCAGGCAUUCCCCGCUAUAUUCAAUUCUCAAAAUUACGGUGGGAAACCCGCUCAUCCUCUCUCCCUAUGUUCUUGGCCCAAACACCAUCUCUGCCGCAGUAUUUAACACUUACAUUCUUUCUCCAUAUGUUUUGUCACCAAAUGUAAUUAAUCCUUAUGUGUUGUCGCCUUUGAUUCUAUCUCCAUAUGUUCUUUGCCCUGAUGUCUUGUCUCCUACUAUACUUUCCGGAGCAAUUCUGUCACCGUCAGUGGCUUCUCCUGCAGUUUUCACCGAAUCAGCUUUAGCUAUUAAUGUUCUGUCGCCAUCAUUUUUGUCAUGAUG